AGAGUAACACACGUAGAAAAUGUGGUAUUUUAGUCCAGAUAGAAUUAUGACGUCACAUUUAGGCACAAUUCUUAUUGUCAUCAUUAUGACGUCAUCACUGUUCCAUGGAUACGUUUUGUUGGGGUUUGGAGUUGAGUCGAGUGAAACCAGUCAUGUCAACAGAAGAGAAUGUCGGUGUGGAAUGAAAGGUUCCAAACGCUCGCCUCUAACGAUCUGGCCAGUCAGACGUUACCGAGCGAUGGUCACGUUUUCCGACCGGAGAACGUUCGUCUGGUCAAGGAACCGGGCGACGAGGUGAUCCGAGCAGAGAACGCCCGGCUGAAGGAGGAAAACCGACAACUACGGCAAUGUUUGGUGUCCAUGAGUGAGAACGCCUCCCUGAGGACUGCCCAAGUAUUGGCCAGUUUACUGGUCUGGAGUGAUGAAAAGCUGGCUGGUCAGACCAAAAAGUUUCUCUCAAAAGACACAUUAAAUAACAACGAUACUAAGUUGAGAUCAUCGCCGACUGUCAGUCCAUUCAGACCAAUAUCACCGGGCCAAACCCUGUCGCACAGCCAUGGCCCUCCAAAACAGCAAGUAUCAGCAACGUCGCAAGGAAGAAAGCAGUACCCAUCAGUGUCGACUCCACAACACGACCAAUAUAACCCUGGUCAAUAUCAGCUGUCGGGUCCAAACCAACCGAGUAAACAUCCCUCGGACUUGUUUCAGCAUGGUAGCCAAUUAACACCCACAAGGCCUCCAGAGACUAUCUUGUCUUUAUCAGGACAACCCCAAAACAGUGGUCAGCGGAAUGAACAGAAUUUGAACAUCCCUGGAUCUUCACAAAAGCAACCACCUCGACACUACUCCCCCAGAAAUUACAUUAGCGAUGAUCCUGCUGUAGUUAUUGCGCCGAGUUCUCCGUCAGUCUCCGGUAGACAAAAUAGUUCCCGAAGUCCCCUUCCGCCUAACAGGUCUCCCGUAUCAAGAAGCAAGUCUCCUGUAUCACGAAACAAAUCUCCCGUACCACGAGACAGGUCCCCGUCUCAGCCUUCUAUACCAACAGGGCAGUCAAGGAGUAAUGUGCUGACUCCAACAGUGAACGGCGGAAGUGCACAGUUAUUUACAGACACGGCCAGUCCUAGUUUCCGAAAUACGGCUGAGAAUAAAACAAUGAUGACAUCAAAUCAAAAGUAUCCGGGUUCAGCAUCGAGCAUUGACGACCGGCUGGAAAAAUUGUUAUCGAGACAAAUCGUCCCCGGAGAGUAUGCUACGACGAACGCAGCAGAUCCGGGCCAGAUGCCUGGAUCUCCCUUCAGCGUAAGCGUCGGAGACAGACGUGUGGCGGUCAGCGGCAUCCUUGACCAAACCGGAAGUGAGGGAUACGGGAGUGUUCCAUCAAGUCUUGGUCAGUUUGGUGGUGAUCAGUCUGGACGUGGUGUCCAUCCUGGUCAAGGCAUGGAUCAAUAUAGUGACCGUUCAGUCAGAACAACAAACAGUCCGGCCAGUGUUGCUCGUAAAGCUGUAGGCGACCCUAUAGCUACGUCCACACCAGCCAGACCAAGACAACAGGGUGGAGCUGCAGACACUUUGCCCUAUACAGAUAGUUUGGAACAGAGUGGCAGUUCACUACAGCGGCCAGGUACAAAUUCACUGAUCGCAGCUGGCAGCAACGUGCUUCACCGUCCAAUCGACAGCGUGAUCGGGUUUAAGCCUACACUGACGGAGUCCCACUGUCAGAAGCUGGCGAAAAUUGAAGACAAUACAAGACUUGUAGGUGAGAUUGCCUUCCAGUUGGACAGGCGAAUCCUGCAGUAUGUGUUCUCUAAGAAAUUCGAUUCCCAAAAGUAUAUGCGUAAGCGAUAUUACGGAUACAGCACAGCCAAUAUAGAGGUGAUGAUAGGGAAGGAGGCGAUGGAUGAACAGGUUAAGAUGCGAUCUCGUUUUAAUGAAAUACUGAAAAAACUUUCGUCUUUUGGGUACAUCCCCGAAAGACAUGGAAACUUUGCACAGGACAUGGUCAACAAGUAUGGUCUGCUGACCGUUCCGCCGGACAAGCAGAUGGUGAAAAUCUGCAGCUCAGAAGAUCCGGUGAUAAUCCGUGUCCUGCUUAGCAAAUUGUUACGGAGUGAUGCGGAACUACAAGACGAACUGGUAUUAUGGGACUGUCUGUACUAUCUUGCGUAUAAAGACCGGAAGGCAAUAUUUCGGUGGUGAUGAAAACUUCGUGAGCCUGUAUUUUCUGUUUUGUCUCAUGGUAAAGAAAAUUUUAAAACGGAUUUUCGCAAUUGCUGGAAUUAAAAAUGUUUUG